ACAAGCUUCCUAGCUAUGACAAAUUCGGAGGCCGGAACGAGUAUUGAAGCUGCACGGGCAUUAGGAGGUGAGUACCAUGUGUUCCUGAGUUUUAGAGGAGCGGACACUCGUUAUGGAUUCACCGACUUCCUCCACGACCGAUUGGUAGAUGCCGGAGUCCACGUAUUCAUCGACGAAGAUAAGCUCCGCGUCGGUGAAGUGAUUGGUGAGAACCUUUUGCGUGCUAUCAACAACUCCAUACUUUACAUACCCAUAUUCUCUCGGACUUACGCUUCCAGCAAAUGGUGCCUCCGUGAGCUCGUGCACAUAGUAGACAACGAGUCCGCGUCAGAGGGAAAAAAAAGCAUCCUUCCCAUUUUCCUCGAUGUAGAGCCUGAGGACGUUAAGCUUAAGACUCGACGUUAUAGGAAAGCCUUCAUGAAGCACAAGGAGGAGUUUCCUCAUGAAGUCGAGGCGUGGAAAAGAGCUCUUCGACAGAUAGAUGAAAUCAAGGGAUGGAACGUGAAAAAGAACCAAGGCCAAGCAGCGAUCGUGAAAUUGGUUGUUGAGAAGGUUUUGGAGAAGCUGGAGAUAAAGCAAAAGCCUGUGACUGAACCUUUAGUUGGACUUCAUGAUCGGGUAAAAGACUUAACAGAGUUGUUAGAUGUCAACCACGGUGAUGUACGGAUUAUUGGAAUUUACGGAAUGGGUGGUGUCGGUAAAACAACUAUUGCCAAAGUCGUCUUUAAUCAACUAUCUUCUCACUUUGGAAAGUGUUGUAGCUUCCUUGAGCAAGUUCGAGAAAACUUGUUGACCAAGGAGGGCAUAAUCCAGUUGCAGAGGAAAUUACUAUAUGAAAUUGUUGAUUCUGAAUCGGCAGAAAAACUCAAGGAUAGUGAAGAAGGAAUGCGAAGGAUUGGAGAAACAUUCCGCACUAAGAAGGUCCUUGUAGUUUUGGAUGAUGUUGAUGAUAAAGAGCACAUUAAGAAACUAAUGGGAAAUUAUUCAUUGCAUUCAGGAUCUCGGGUAAUCAUUACAACGAGAAACACAACUGCCCUGCAAAUUGAGGGAUUCAAAGGUAAAAUUUUACGGUAUGAGAUGCUAAAGAUGAAUUAUGGUCUUGCACUUCAACUUUUUUGUCGGCAUACCUUUGGGAGAGACUUUCCUUCAGAUGGUUAUCAUGGGCUUUCAAGUGAAAUUGUCUCAAGUACAGGAGGGCUUCCUUUGGCUAUCAAAGUGAUAGGCUCGUUACUUAAUGGGAAAAACAAAGCAUUUUGGGAAGAGAUGUUGGCCAGGUUAAGGAAUGUACCAGAGGAAGAGAUUCUAAAGAAGUUGAGGAUUAGCUAUGAUGACUUAGACGAAUAUCAACAACAAAUUUUUCUCGAUAUAGCAUGCUUCUUUUUCAAUGAGAAGAAGACAGAUGCAAUUUACAUGUGGGACGAUUGUCAAUUUUAUCCCCAUAGAGGAAUUGAUGUCCUUACCAAUAGGUGCUUGAUAAAAAUAUUGGAUGAUGAUAAGUUCCGGAUGCAUGAUCAAUCGAUAGACCUAGGAAGGCAGAUAGUCCGUCAAGAAAGUCCAAGUGACCUUGGAAAUCGAAGUAGGUUGUGGAUUGCAAAAGAGGCCCUCCAAAUCAUAAGAAGCGAAGAGAGGCGGGACAAGGUUCAAGCGCUUGACAUAGAUGGACUAGAUGGCUCCAUAGAGAUCACAAAUGAAGAGCUUGAAAGGUUACCAAACCUAAGAUUCCUCAAAUUGGGCAAUGGAACUUUUAAUGGGGACUUUGCAAAGUGCCGUUCAAAGUUGAGAUGGAUUUUUUGGCAUUCUCCUCAUCAGGAUUUUAGGGCGGACAAUAUGUAUUUGGAGCAUCUUCUUGUAUUUAAGCUGGACAUGAAUGACUUCACGGAUGACUCAAAAGCAUGGGAAUUGAUCAAGAAGGCACAGAAAUUGAAAGUUCUAUCACUUACUGGGUGCCAUGGCAUAACAACAAUCCCUGACUUAUCUAAAUGCUUGAGUUUAGAGAGGUUGACCAUUGCACGCUGCAGCAGGCUAAAGAGAAUUGAAAACUUCAUUGGAGAUUUACGUUCGUUAAUUGAGUUAGAGAUUGAAGUGUGCACAGGUCUUACAGAUUUGCCUAAAGAAGUGGGGGCACUUGUGAACCUUACGCACUUCUCAUUGCAAGGAUGUUCCGGGUUGAGAGAACUUCCCGACUCAUUUGGGAGUUUAACCUCAUUGAUAGAGUUAGAUUUAUCACGUACGGGUAUUGCCAAACUUCCAAACUCCAUAGAAGGACUAGUGAAACUUGAGUCCUUUCUUCUAACGAACACAAGGAUAAGGGAACUUCCGGACUCCAUUGAAAAGUUAAAAUCAUUACGCGUAUUGCGUUUAUCAAUAAAUGGAUCAUAUUCUCCGAAGCAUCGUGUUUGGCAGUUACCUAGUGGCAUCAGCAUGCUGGAAAAUCUUGAAGAGCUAGAUCUCUCUGGACGUUAUGAGGUGAAAGGGGAAGUUCCCGAUGGAAUUGGAGAAUUGUCAUCUUUAAGGAUCCUAAAUUUAAAGCACACUCGUAUCUGUGGAAUUCCAAGGACAAUCAACCAGCUUCAUCACCUCCAAACACUCAACUUAUCAGAUUGUAAUGCAAUUAAAGAGUUGCCGGAACUUCCCACGAGUUUGACCAGUCUACUUCUUCGAUCUAAAGCAUUGCUUUCAGUCCCUACUCUAUCGAAUCUUACUAAUUUGGUUGAAUUGCAACUAAGUGAUGGCUCUCGUAUUACGGGUGAAACAAAGCUAAGCACAGGAUGCAACUUAAGCUGGAUUGGGAGGUUAUCUAGAUUGAAAAGGUUAGAUUUAAAUCUAAUCGUCCCAGCACCCGAAGAGUUGGCUUCUCUUGCCCAUCUGGAAGAGCUUACUUUGUCUCACCUAGGCCUAGAAACACUGAAGCAGCUUUCGUCCUCUUUGCUGAGAUUGAAUUUACGACACUUUAGGUGGGCAGAGUUAGUUCCCUCCUGCUUGAUAUUGAGAAAUUUGUCGACUUUAGAGAUCGGUUCUUGUGAAGUGGAAGACAUUCCACUCGAGGGACUUCCGCGACUGGAGAAACUGUGUGUUGAUUAUUGUGUACGGCUUCAAAGAUUAUCCAUUCCCUCGGAACUAAGGAAGCUACGAAAAGUGCGCAUUUCAGAAUGUCCAGAGCUAGUUGAGAUACAAGUUGUGGGUCUUUCGGAAUCAUUAGGGUCCUUCUACAUUUAUGGGUGCAAAUCUCUGAGAAGAAUAGGCGGGUUAUCAUACUUGAAGAACCUGGAGAAACUAGAAAUCAAACGGUGCUAUGUACUUACUGAUGUUGAGGGCCUAAAUGAGCUAGUCUCUCUGCAAUCAUUGAAUGUCGGAGGGUGCACGUCAUUGAGAAGCCUGAUUGAUCUAGCUUGCACUAUACCAGAUGAUUGCCUCGUCAAAAUACAGGAAUGCGGAGACUUUAUCAAAGAUUCUACUCUGAUCGACCCAUCUAAAAUUUCUUUGAAGCAUUACAGGGAGAAGAUUCUUCUGGAUACAUCAAACUUUGAAUCCAAGUCAGACAAGACAGAGGCAAAGACCGAAGGCAGGAAAAAGACCACAGCUUGGUGGAAAAAAAGAAGGUUUUGGAGGAGGAGCAAAGAAUCUCCCAACGACGAAAAGGAAAAGGAAAAGGAAAAGAAAAAGGAGGUGGAGUUCAAGCUGGAUUUGCUCGAUGAAAAAGAAUGGAGAACGGCCAGGGACAUAGUCUUUGAAUAUGAAGGUAAUUGUAGGAUUUGCCAGAGCCAGAGCAGGAGCAACAAGAAGCUGACGGUGACCGGUGCCAUAGAUCCAGUGGAGCUCUUACGAAAGCUGAGGAAGCGGUAUGACGCGUACAUACUCUCUGUCAGACUGUACUGUGGCCCUUUUCCGUCGUUCAUGUAG